CUCACGCGCUGCAUGUUUAUACAGCGGCUCGCUCAGACAUGCCACGCUUCUUCUGAGUGGGAAACCAGGAGAAAAGUCGGAAUAUUGGCAAGGGGAUAACCACACUGUUUGAGGCGAUAUUUACAGCUUUUCAAAGUGGAGAGAUCUGACGCACAGCAAGACACAAUGCAGGAAUCUGAGCCUAGCGUGUGUCAGCUGCAGCCCAACAUCAUCUCAGUGCGCCUCUUCAAAAGAAAGAUCGGUGGGCUGGGCUUUCUGGUCAAACAACGUGUGUGCAAGCCGCCCGUCAUCGUCUCUGACCUCAUCCGGGGUGGGGCGGCGGAGGAAUGUGGGCUGGUCCAAGUCGGUGACAUCGUCCUGGCCGUGAACAACAAGCCUUUGGUGGACCUGAGCUACGAACGUGCGCUCGAGACCCUGAAGAAUGUGUCGCCCGAGAGCCACGCAGUCCUCAUCCUCCGCGGACCCGAGGGCUUCACCACUCACCUGGAGACCACGCUGAGCAGUGACGGGAAACCCAAAACGAUUCGCGUCACCAGGCCCGUUAUGCCCGCUCAGAGCAGGCCGUGUGAACGAUGUUCGCCUCUCAGCCCCAACAUGACCAAAGAGCUCAGGGCCAUAGAGAACCUGUCCUCUUCCUCUACUCCCAGGAAAGACCCACGGGAGAGCAAACCCCUGAUUCCGCUGCUGGCCCAGGACUCUCUGCUCAGAGAAGGAGGCCAUUCAGCCCUUCUCCUCAACGGGGUGGAGGAGAACAACGACCUGCUGAAGGAGAUCGAGCCAGUGCUGAAACUCAUCAAGAACAGCAAAAAAGAGAUCAAUGGAGAAGGCCAGAGAGUCAUAGAGAGGAAGGAUGUCGAAGUGCAGGUGGAGAGAGACCUUGGUGUGGGAAAUGGACAGAACGCCCAGCUGGCGUCAGAUAACGACAGAGUGUUUGAUGACCUCUGGAGAAAGGACAACAUGCCUACGGUGCUUAACAACCCUUACUCAGAAAGCGACAAGCCACAGUCCCAUGGGAGAGUUUCCCCCACUAGGACUGUGCAGAAUGGAAGUCCCACCAAGUGUCCCAGAUUCAUGAAAGUGAAGAACUGGGAAACUGGAGCUUUAUACAAUGAUACUUUACAUCUCAGCUCCAGCAAGGUACCAAUCUGCAAUGAGAAUGUUUGUAUAGGCUCUGUUAUGGUGCCAAACCAGCACAGUCGCAAACCAGAUGAAGUCCGGAGAAAAGAGGAACUGCUACCGCUCGCAACAGAUUUUAUUGACCAGUACUACACAUCAAUCAAAAGAUGUGGCUCAAAGGCACAUGUUGACCGGCUAGAAGAGGUUAAAAAAGAGAUAGAAACUUCUGGAACAUAUCAACUGAAGGACACAGAGCUGAUCUAUGGGGCCAAACAUGCAUGGAGAAAUGCAGCUCGCUGUGUGGGACGGAUCCAGUGGUCCAAACUACAGGUGUUCGAUGCUCGAGACUGCACAACCGCUCAUGGAAUGUUUAAUUACAUCUGCAACCACAUCAAAUACGCCACCAACAAAGGAAACCUCAGAUCGGCUAUUACCAUCUUCCCCCAGAGGACAGACGGGAAACAUGACUUCCGGGUUUGGAACAACCAGUUGAUCCGGUACGCAGGCUACAAGCAGCCUGAUGGAUCAAUUCUCGGAGACCCGGCUUCAGUGGAGCUCACAGAGAUCUGUAUUCAGCAAGGAUGGAAAGCUCCAAAAAGCCGUUUUGAUGUUUUGCCCCUUCUUCUCCAAGCCAAUGGGAAUGAUCCAGAGCUUUUUGAGAUUCCUGAUGAUCUCGUGCUUGAGGUUCCCAUCAUACAUCCAAAGUUCGAGUGGUUUAAGGAGCUGAAUAUAAAGUGGUACGGCCUUCCUGCGGUGUCUAGCAUGCUGUUAGAGAUCGGGGGACUGGAGUUCACAGCCUGCCCCUUCAGCGGCUGGUACAUGGGGACCGAGAUUGGUGUCAGAGACUUCUGCGACAGCUCUCGAUACAACAUACUUGAGGAAGUAGCUACAAUGAUGGGGCUGGACACGAGGAAGACUUCAUCCCUGUGGAAGGACCAGGCACUGGUGGAAAUCAACAUCGCAGUCCUUUAUGGUUUCCAGAUGUCAAAGGUUACCAUAGUAGACCAUCACUCAGCCACCGAAUCCUUCAUGAAGCACAUGGAGAAUGAGUACAGAGUGAGGGGAGGCUGCCCGGGAGACUGGGUUUGGAUAGUGCCGCCCAUGUCAGGCAGCAUUACACCUGUUUUCCACCAGGAAAUGCUCAACUAUCGCCUCACACCUUCUUUUGAGUACCAGCCUGACCCAUGGAACACUCAUGUGUGGAAAGGGGUGAAUGGGACACCCACAAAGAAAAGAGCAAUUGGAUUCAAGAAACUUGCCAAGGCUGUGAAAUUCUCUGCCAAACUCAUGGGACAGGCCAUGGCCAAGAGAGUCAAAGCCACUAUCUUGUUCGCCACAGAAACUGGGAAGUCGCAGGACUAUGCAAAAACACUCUGUGAGAUUUUCAAGCAUGCAUUUGAUGCCAAGGUGAUGUCCAUGGAUGAAUAUGACACCGUCGACUUGGAACACGAGACACUUGUGUUAGUGGUGACAAGUACGUUCGGCAAUGGGGACCCUCCUGAAAACGGAGAGAAAUUUGGUGCAGCACUGAUGGAGAUGAGACAUCCCACCACCAGCGUAGAGGACAGAAAGACGUACAAGGUGCGUUUUAACAGCGUCUCUUCAUAUUCUGAUACCCGCAAAUCCUCCAGCGACGAACCUGAAUCCAAAGCCAACUUUGAGAGCACUGGACCACUUGCUAAUGUCAGAUUCUCUGUGUUUGGCCUUGGCUCUCGGGCAUACCCGCACUUCUGUGCGUUUGCCCACGCAGUGGACACGCUGUUCGAAGAGCUCGGUGGGGAACGAAUCCUGCGCAUGGGAGAGGGAGAUGAACUCUGCGGCCAAGAGGAAUCCUUCAGAACAUGGGCCAAGAAGGUCUUCAAGGCUGCAUGUGACGUUUUCUGUGUCGGCGACGAUGUUAAUAUUGAGAAAGCGAAUGAUUCCUUGAUUAGCAACGAUCGUAGCUGGAAGAAAAGCAAGUUCCGGAUGACAUACACAGCGGAGGCACCGACACUAACGCAAGCACUUUACAACAUCCAUAAGAAGAAAGUUUACGGGGCCAAAUUUCUGAUGAGACAGAACCUACAAAGUGCCAGAUCGAACCGAUCGACUAUAUUUGUGCGUCUUGAUGCCAACAACCACGAGAGCCUGAAAUACUUGCCUGGUGACCAUUUAGGUGUUUUUCCUGGCAACAACGAAGUUCUAGUUACAACUCUUAUCGAGAAACUGGAGGACGCACCACCUGUCAAUCAAAUUGUGAAAGUGGAGUUCUUGGAAGAAAGAAACACAGCGUUGGGUGUGAUAAGUAACUGGACAGACGAGAGUCGUAUUCCACCUUGUACCAUCUAUCAGGUUUUCAAAUACUUCCUGGACACAACCACCCCUCCAAGUCCCCUGCUACUGCAACAGUUUGCUCCUCUAGCGACUAAUGAGAAACAGAGAAAGAGACUAGAGGUGCUCAGCAAGGGUUUGCAGGAGUAUGAGGAGUGGAAGUGGUACAAUAACCCUACCAUAGUGGAGGUGUUGGAGGAGUUCCCAUCCCUCCAGAUCCCCUCCACCCUUCUCUUGACCCAGCUGCCCCUCCUACAGCCACGAUACUACUCCAUCAGCUCCUCCCCAGACCUUCAUCCAGGAGAGAUACACCUCACUGUGGCGGUGGUGUCCUAUCGGCCCAGAGAUGGAGAAGGUCCCGUGCACCACGGAGUGUGUUCCUCCUGGCUCAAUAGCUUGGAAGAAGGCGAUACGGUGCCGUGCUUUGUCAGAGGGGCUCCAACAUUCCGAAUGCCAAAAGACAGCCAGGUUCCAUGUAUUCUGAUUGGUCCAGGCACCGGAAUUGCUCCAUUCAGAAGCUUCUGGCAACAGAGACUGUAUGAUAUUGAAAACAAGGGAAUCAAGGCAUGCCCCAUGAUCUUGGUUUUCGGUUGUCGGCAGUCACAGAUUGACCACAUUUACAAGGAAGAGACCAUCCAGGCCAAGAACAAGGAAGUGUUUAAAGAGCUUUACACCGCAUACUCCAGAGAGCCUGGGAGACCAAAGAAAUACGUCCAGGAUGUGCUUCGCGAGCAGCUGUCUGAAACAGUGUACAAAUAUCUGCGAGAAGAAGGAGGGCAUAUCUACGUCUGUGGAGAUGUCACCAUGGCUGGAGAUGUACUGAAAACAGUCCAGCAGAUCUUUAAACUGCAUGGAAACAUGUGUCUGGAAGAUGCUGGCUUCUAUAUCAGCAAACUAAGGGAUGAGAAUCGAUACCACGAGGACAUCUUCGGUGUAACCCUGCGCACUUACGAGGUCACCAACCGCUUAAGGUCGGAGUCUAUUGCAUACAUCGAAGAGAGCAAGAAAGACACGGAUGAGGUGUUUUGUCCAUAGUCACAUUUUCCGUCCAUAUAUCGUUGGUUUUUGCUCAUGCUCUAAUCAGCCAACCAGAAGCAUGAUGGGACACCAACCAUGAUUCACGAAAACUGUGCCAAGUUUGUCUGUUAAAAAAUUCUUCUUUUCUUGUUUUUUGUGUUUUUAUGGAAUAUUUCAUUUUCUUUGCUAGGUCUUGUUUGAUGUGCAUCUCUAUGAUCAAAAUCUGCAUUAAUACAAGUACCUUUCACUUGAAUUUCUGAAUGCACUUUUUUUAUGUGUCUUUAUGCUUUGUCCUGACUAAUGGGCUGCGUGCACUUAGACAUGGCCUGCCUUUUUUUAAGUGUAAGCAAGAUCAGUGGCUUUCCUCAUGUGCAAUAUGCGUAGAUAUUGACUUUACUAUUAAGAGAUGGGUAGUUUUCGGUUUGGAUGGUGAGUCUUGGGGUUAUUGUGCAUGUUUUGAUGAAAGACCAAGUCUCUAUCCAUGUUAAAAAGAGAGAACAUGCUCGUACUUACAGAAGGUGAAUCCGUUUAAAAGAACCAAACAUUGGCCUCUUUAAGCAGACCAAUUCACGCUGUCCUUGGCCUUAAAAGUGGGUUAAGAUCCCAUUUCAUAAAUAAAAAUCCCUCAAUGCAUAAAAAAGGACAUUGCAAUGUUGUAAUCUCACAAUUAAGACUUUGUUUCUUGCAAUUUUGGAAAGAAAAAAGAAAUGAAAUAUAAACUUAUAAUUCAGAUUUUUUUUCUCGCAAUUCCAGGUUUACAUCACAAUUCUUAGUUUCUAUCUCGCAAUUUUUUUCUCAGAACUCUGCGUUUACCUUUCACAACUCUGAGAUUAUAUAUGGCAAUUGAAAAUUUUAUUCAUUUAAUUCUGAGUUUACAUGAGUUUACCGAGGCUCCAUUUACACUAGUGCGUUUUCGUUUUAAAAGAAUGAAAAAGAUCCUCGUCUACACUAGCGUUUGCACUGUGUUUCAGAAACGAUCUCCGUCUACACUACACAACUGAAAACGCAUGUCACAUGACCAUUCAAGCAGGUACAACUAUAGAUUUGUAUAGUUAGAUUCCCUGUUAUUUAGAUGGCGGACGCGUCUACGUGCUUGGAGCGGUCGAAUGAGGCAUCUACCCAUACAUAUCAAUAGGUACAACAAUGAGCAUGAUGUUAUUGUUUACAUAGUUGUCAAGGAUACGCAGAGCGAAUGUGGGCAGCCACGCGUUUUCAAAAGUCUCCGUUUUGGUCCGUUUACACUGAAACGCAACCCUGGAGUUUUCAAACUAAAACGGGGUCUGCAGCAUUUUCAAAAGGCUCCGUUUUUCGAAAACGCCGGAGUAGUGUAAACGAUAAGCGUAACCGUAGCAAAAGUUAUGCGUUUUAAAACGAAAACGCACUAGUGUAAACGGGGCUUGAGUUUAUAAUUCACAAUUCUGCCCUUUUUUCCUCUGAAUUCGGAGUUUACAUCGUGCAAUUCUGUUUUGUUUUCCACCACGGAGUAAAAAUAAAAAGGCAAUUGCGACUUUUUAUUUCAUAAUUAUUUCACACACUUUUUUCCCUCAGUGUUGCGAGUUUAUAUCUCACAAUUGCAAAUUAUAAACUUGUGAGAUAUAAACUCAGAACUGAGAUAAAGUCAAAGUUAAAGUCAAAAUACUGCAAAAAUACACAAAACUACAUACAGUGGCUUUAAGAUUGAUCAAACUAAGGUGAAACCACCUUUCAGUAUCUUUCGAUAUCCAUUUAUCUCCAGCUAACUGUAAGAAAAGACUUUUCAGGAGACUGAAAAAAGAACCAACCUAGAGAGAUUUAUGAAACAUCCUUGAAAUUCUGAUGAAAAUGAAAGAGGUGAUGCACCUGCUUUGCUUUAUUAUACGUCCUCCAUUUCCCUUUUUCCCUGUUUCUCUGAGACAUGGCUGUGACGACCCUUCUCUUUGACUCCAAACGGAGACCUGGAUGUCUUCUUUAGAUCGAAGAUCAACCGUCGUAUUGUCGUUUCGUAUUAAAGGGUAACCGCUUGCAACAACGAGCAAAAAAUCAGUGCGGCGCAUAGUAGAUUUUUGCAUGCAAUGCCUUUUUGAUGGCUUGGAAAGGACAGUUUUCUGCCAAUGAAUCCUUUAAGAAAAGUCACUGUUUUGCUUUCUGAAAUGUAUGUUCAGUUAGAUCCUAGCUCGCUUCGGAUUUGCUUCGAAAACUUUUGAGUUAUGAGUGGCCUCCGGCAUGAAAAAUAUUACAUGAGGUAAUCUGAUUUUGAGGGACUUUGCUUUCUGUUGUCUUUCUGUAGGAGAAUAUUCUUGUUGUAUGUACGCUGUUAACACUGAAUGUUUCCCUCCCCACAUUUGGGUUUUGCACCGUUUAAACUCUGUGAUUACAAAAAGUCGGGCAAAAAAGAAUCACACACAUGCAUAUAUUAAAAUCAGUAAAUAUCUAAAUAUAUAAUAUGUAUGAGAAUUUUUUAAGAAUGUAUUUUGAUUAUGGGUAUUGAUUUGGUUUUGUCCCUUUGAGUUGCUUGUAAUAUCUUACGUGAAUAUGAUGUCUAAUUAGUUUGGGGGAACCUGAAGCAUUAUUCUGAAUGCAUGAUGUUACCGUCCUGUUUUCUCUUAACCUGCACUGUGUCUGUUUAACUGUUGUGAUCGCGUCCUUCCUCUGUGACUGGACGGAGAAGAAGCUUACGGGGUUUUCUUUUCUCUUUUUGUGUUUGUUCUUUGCUGCUGCUAAAAGAAACUGUUCCGAUCAAUUUCCGCUGUGAAUCUUCUAUUGUGGAACUUCGAACAUUGAAACAUUUGCCAUUUUAAUGCAUAUACUG